CUUAAUUUGAUUUCGCCAUCGGUCCCUCGCAAAACAAAUUCUUGGCUCACUUUUCAAAACUACGGGACCUCAGUAACACAACACCAUGGAUAAUUUGCGCGUCAAACGCGAACUCUCGUACGAGACUAAAAUGGAGGUCAUCGCUCGCCUUCUACGAUUCGCCGAGAAUGGCAAGUUGGGGCGUGGAGCCAUCACCAAGAUUGCAGCCGAAAUACACCUCCAUCGAACCACCGUAUCCAAGAUAUGGCACGCAUUCCGCCGAAACGCUCGCAUGCCGUCGUCAAGACCUGGUCGCGUAGGCCCAAAGUCGCUCUACUCAACGGAAUACGUCACCAACCUCGUGAGCGGAGUCCCCGAAGACCAGCGUAACACUUUACGCGACCUGUCGGACGCCACUGGUCUCACACUUGGCACGCUCCACCGGAAGCUCCACGACGGCACAAUUCAACGCAAAUCUUCUCGAAUCAAGCCGCUCCUCACCAUCAACAACAUGGUUGAACGCGUCGCAUUUUGCGAAACCCCGGAUGCGUACGAGUUUGAAUCGGCGGAAGGUUUACCUCGUCAAAGUCCAGAAAAUUGAACGACACGUGGCAAAUAGCAAGAAUUUCAUUCCCAAGGUCAUGUUCUUGGUGGAGGUCGCGCGUCCACGAUAUGGCCCUGAGGAAGGAGUGAGGUUUGACGGGAAGAAUGGGAUGUGGCCCAUAGUGAAAUACGUGCCUGCCGUCCGAAACUGCCGAAACCGCCCAGCUGGCACGCUUGUGACUACCUUGGUGCACGUGGAUGCUGUUGUGUACCGUGACUAUGUCAUUACGCGUGUGAUACCUGCGAUCAAGGCUUGCUUUCCAAGCGCUAACAAACGGGUUGUCCUACAGCACGACAACGCCUCGCCGCAUCGAUCAAUCACUAACGAGGUUCUUGCGUGCGUGUCAACCGAUGAUUGGAAGUUUGUUGUGCGGCGCCAACCGCCCAACAGCCCAGACCUCAAUGUCCUUGACCUGGGUUUCUUUGCGUCCAUCCAGUCGAUACAGUACAAGGUUGUGAGUCGAUCGAUCGAUGAUGUCAUUCGCUCAACACUGGCGGCUUUUCAAGCGCUCUCGUCGGACAAGCUGGACAACGUGUUCGUCACGUUUCAGGCUGUUAUGCGCUUGGUGCUAGAGCACAAAGGUGACAAUCACUUUCGCUUACCUCAUCUGAAGAAGGAUGCAUUGUGUCGUGCCGGGACCCCUAUGGCCAAUGUUACUUGUCCUGCAUCCUUGUUGGAGUAGCGUGCCAAAGUGUUCCCAGUGAGGUUUUUAACCAACAACAUGCAUUCAUUUGUGUUUGAG